AGUGCCUGCCUUGUGUUAGUCUCUACAUCCACCCAGUUUACGUCAGGAAGGGAAGCCAGUGUAUUUCCUCCCCUUCUCUAUCUAAAGGAAGUGCCAAAAUAAGCAUCAGCAGCGGAGCACCCAGGCUUGGACACCUUUCACACGGGCCACUCGAAGGGAGACGUUUAAGGAGUUCACAGCUGCAGAAUCGCCAUGAAGUCCGUCAGGGUUUUUGCUGUCCUGCUUCUAGCAUCUGCCCAUGUCUUCACACAAGAAAAUGAGUCAAACCAAACCUCAACCACAACAAAAGCACCAGGACCGGCAACAGUUGCAACAAUAACAACAAAUACGACAAAAGCAAAGGCAAUAACAGCAGCAUCUCCCUCUCCUCCUACAAAUACGACCACAUCUCCUCUGGAUGCUCCAACAGAUUUUCCUACAAGAGACACGCCUAAAGCCAAUACUAUGUUACCUACUACUGCUGCUGAUGCUGCUGCUGCUGCUACAUCCACAUCCGCCCAGAAUGACUCUUUGACUUCUGAACUAAUGAACAAGACAAGCAUUGGAACCCCCACUAAUGUCUCUCAGAGUGAGCAUUCUGAUGUCCAAAGCAGAGCAGGUCAAGAUGAGACCGAUCCUGACCAGGCCUUAGGUAACAUUCCUCCUGCCCCAGGACAACAAAACACCACUGACUCUCAAAGCAGAUCUUCAAGGACAUCAUCACCUCCCACUAAAAGGACCCCUCAGGAGAACAGUCCCGGUUCUCAGGCGGGUCAAACAGAGGAGAAAUCAGCAGAUAAAAAGCUGUGGUGGCUUGUGUUGCCCGCCAUCCUGGCCGCAGCUGCUAUCGCCAUCGUCCUCAAAUUCAAAUCCAAGAAAGUCCACAACCCCACAGAAACCGUCGACACUGGAACUGAGAACGCAUCUUUCCAGAGAGCUGAGAACAGCAAGGAUGGCGUCAUGCUCCUCGGAGUUAAAUCAUCAGGAAGAGAAGAGAACGCUGAAGCCAGAUAAGAAGAGUCACCAUCGCCGCCCACACACUGAUGGUCUGAGAAAGCUGUUUCGAUCCUAGGUCUCCUUUUUUUUAAGCUGUAAUGAAAUAUUUUAAUUUUUUUUUAAAAUAAAAGAUGCUUUCAAGUGUGAUUCUGUAUGCAGAGAGCAGUUUUAUGAAGUAGGGCGUGUGACUGCGAUGAUAAAUCUUAAAACAAACGAACUUGAUCUCAAAAGUAAGGACCGCAAAGCUCAUCUAAAGAAGCUGACGCGCCACCUAUUAAAUGACAGUGGUGACUUAUUAUUUAUGCAGCCUUUAUUUGUGCAAACUACUGCCGCAAACAUGUUUCCUGUGUAGUGACCCCAGAUCCUUCACGUUAGUCUUAUCAUACGCUUUAUAACUCUGUAAUCAUCCUUUCGUUACCUUCUUAUCUGCCAUUUACUUUUUACUUGCCUUGAGCCUUUUUGCUAAUUAUGAAGGUUUGGGGUUUGUUUGAUGUGCGCUAGAUAUUUGCUGUUAGGACGACUUGUUUGCGCGUGUAACUCAGCUCACAUAGGAAUUUGCUGCAACAGAGGGUCUGUUAAAUGUUUUUGUGGGGUUUUCUUCUACAAAUGUUGCACCAAAGCACUCAUAACUAAAGCAGAUGCAAAAGGCUGUUUGGAUUUAUAGACACUGGAACUACUUUAUGCUUUGUGGCUGGAAUUUGUCAUCAUCAAUUUCCUCAAUAAAUCACUGGAAAAUGUC